AUGACUCCUACCCACACUGCCCUGAAGAGUGGGUGGCCUACAGAGGGAGCUGCUACUCCUUCUCCAAGGAGGAGAAGGACUGGAAUUCCAGCCAGGUAUCCUGCUGGUCACAGGGAGCUCACCUCCUGGUCAUCAGUGAUACCCGGGAAAUGGAUCUGUUCAAGCGUAUUCAAACAGAAUGUUUCUGGAUUGGACUGAGGAACAGCACAAGCUCUGGAUGGAUUUGGGAAGAUGGCUCCAUAUCCAAUUACACCAAGGUCCUCUCUAACAGCCACGUGCAACACUGUGCUGUCCUGAUGAAAGGUCGUUUUCAUGCCUCCAGCUGUGAAUUUCAUGCUCCAUGGAUCUGUGAGAAAUCGCUUAGAUAA